AUGAGCGUCUUGGACGGUGUUCUUCGUCGAUGGACGAACGUUGUAGCCAGAGACGGCGAUGGCGAAGCAAGAAACGAAGACGGCGAUGUUUUGGAACAUGAUGAUGAUGAGAAUUGGGGUCGAGUGAGAAGUUGGAAAAAAGAGGAGACUUCUCAAGGGGUGGGUACUGGUUCGAGAGUAACUCGAAGACACUCAAUAAUGGAAAGCACUGCUCAGAACGGUGUUUUUAUGCCGAAGAAAAAAGGGCGGAGCGUGAAGAUAGAAGAGGGCGGGCCUUUGGAAGACAACGUGGAGAAGAGAGCUGACGCGAGAAGAGAAGCUGGAUAUAGGAGAGGUGACAAAGAAGCACUAAAGAUUUUAGGGCGUUGA